AUGUGGGAGGAGGCCAGGGGACGAUUCUUAGCUCGCACACAAAAUUCUCUCGAUUUAAAGCCGCCUAAAACCAUCGAUGACGUUCGAGAAAUGGUCGAGCAUCGAUACGAUCCUACUUCUCCAGCCGAUUUAGACGAAAAUCACAAACGGGCCAAAGAGAUUGGCUUGACCAUCUUAUCAUGUUUGAAGUUAUUAGGCGGAGUGGCGGCUCAAGGAGCUGAAAUAGUAUUUCAACCUGCUAGCAUUUGCUUCAACGCCAUAUCACUCUUGCUCGACGUCCCAAAAUCCGUCCAUGAGUUUCAUGGCAUGAUCGAUGCCGUCUUCGGCAUUGUUGGUCCCACUCUCAGCCAAUUCAAGAUAUACGAGAGAAUAGAGCUGUUUAGUUCUAUUGAUCCGGAAUUAAACACCGCAAUACACAAAGUCAUGAUCUCUUUUGUCGAUAUAUGUGCCUUGUCAAUAGUACUUCGGAAGGGGAGUAGGUGGAGCCGCUUUAAAGCAGCGACGAAACAGGCUGUACUCAAGGAUGACUCCGGCCUGAAGGAUGAGAUUGAACAAUUCGAGAAACUUAUUCGAGGACAGCAAAAUGUUCAGGCAACCUUGACCCUGGAAGUUGCUCUGAGUGCCAAAGCUGAUCUUACUGCCAUCCUGGGUAAAGCUUGCGAGACGGGAAAGAAGAUUGAUGACAUCGCCAUCGGCAUUUUAGACUUGAAAGAAGUAGAGUCAAAGAGAAGCAUAGAGAGGACUAGACAAGAAAAUCUCGCCAAGAUUCGAAGCAAGUUUGCCAUCGACGAGAAGACUAUUAAUGCUUCCAAGGAAGUUUGCAAGAAGAUAUGGCAACAAUGCGUGACAGGGAGUGGAAGCUGGCUUCGCGACUUAGACGACUACAAGAAAUGGUCUGACAAGGCCGAUUCUGAAGCAAGCCCCUUGCUACUACUUACUGGAGAGGUGCACUCGGGAAAGUCGAGCGUCAUGUCGAUUAUAGCCCAGGAGCUCAAGGCCGCCCAUGAAUCUGCGGGCCAGUCGAAUAUUCGAGCCAUGGUAGCUUAUUAUUUCUUUCCUCUUUUCUCUCGGAAAGCAGACGAAGACAAACGACCGGCAGCAACUGCAGUAAAGCAUAUUGCAUUCCAGCUUGCAGAGCAAGACUCGGGAAUUGCAAAUACCAUGGCAAAUUUUGCGAUGAUAAGCACAGCGAAGCAUAUUUUAGGGACACCAGCUGCAAAGACCUCUGGCGUGGACUCAAGAUUGGAGCUCCCAAACAGGGCACUAUUUAUUUCAUCAUAG